AUGGCUUCCAUGGCCCCUACGUCAGGCGGCCAGUACCACUGGGUCUCUGAGUUUGCACCACCAGAGCACCAGAGAUUCUUGAGUUACGUUGUUGGCUGGCUCUGCGUUCUCGGAUGGCAGACUGGUAUCGCAUCCAUUGCUUUCUUAGCAGGCGGUCAGAUCCAAGGCUUGAUCAUUCUCAACAACAACGCCUACAUCCCGGAGCGCUGGCACGGUACACUCCUCAUCAUUGCAGUCGCAAGCUUCGCCAUUCUUUUCAACACGCUUCUUGCACGUAAGCUUCCUCUUGUCGAAGGCACGGUGCUAAUCCUCCACAUCUUUGGCUUCAUCGCCAUCUUCAUUACCAUGUGGGUUCUCGGACCACGCAGUCCUCCCAACCAGGUAUUCCGGUCAUUCCAGGAUAAUGCCGGAUGGGGCAACAUAGGCUUAUCUUGUCUAGUCGGUCAACUCGCUCCCAUAUUUUUGUUACUUGGAUCGGACCCAGCAAUGCACAUGAGUGAGGAGCUUCAGGACGCAUCUAAAAUACUCCCAAGAGCCAUGAUAUGGACAGAAGUUGUGAACAGCAGUCUAGGUUUCAUAAUGCUCAUUACCUUCUGCAUCUGUCUUGGAGACGUCGAGGGCGUGCUUUCGACUCCGACUGGCCAACCACGUAUUCAGAUCAUAUACAACGCGACCCAAUCGACUACCAGUGCCACUGUCCUCGCCUCUAUCACUGUAGUCAUGGCGGUGAUUGGAUGCGUUAAUAAUGUUGCAACAUGUUCGAGACAGUUGUUCGCUUUCGCACGCGAUCAUGGUGUCCCAUUUGGCUCUUUCUUUUCGCGAGUGCGACCCGGUUGGGACAUACCACUCAACUCCUACCGUGGCGUUUAA